AUGGGCCCUGGGCUGGCGCCGGGGUUCCUGGGGUUUGGGGACGUCGUGACUUUCCAGGACAUGGCUGUGACCUUCACGCUGGGGGAAUGGGGGUGCCUGGUGGCCCUCCAGAAGGCGCUGUACCGGGAGGUGAUGCUGGAGAACUACGAGCACCUGGCCUUCCUGGAGGCUAAGUUAGAGAAGCAACAGAUCAAUAAAGAGACACAUUCUAGAAUUCAUAUUGGAGAGAAAUCUUACAAAUGUAAUGAAUGUGGGAAGGCCUUUUACCAGAGUUCACAGCUUUUUGUGCAUCAUAGAAUUCAUUCUGGAGAUAAACCUUAUGAAUGUAAAGAAUGUGGGAAGGCCUUUAACCAGAGCAUAGAUCUUACUCUACAUCAGAGAUUUCAUACUGGACAGAAACAUUAUGAAUGUAAUGGUUGUGGGAAGGUCUUCACUCAGAUGACACAUCUUAUUCUACAUGAAAGAAUUCACACUGGAGAAAAACUUUAUGAAUGUAAAGAAUGUGGGAAAGCUUUUCGAGGGAGCUCACAACUUACCCUACAUCAGAGGAUUCAUACUGGUGAGAAACCUUAUGAAUGUAUCGAAUGUGGGAAGACUUUUACUCAGAGCUCACAACUCACUCGACACCAGAGAAUUCAUACUGGAGAAAAACCUUAUGAAUGUAAUGAAUGUGGGAAGGCCUUCCCUUGGAUAACACAUCUUACACUACACCAGAGGAUUGACACUGGAGAGAAACCUUAUAAAUGUAAAGAAUGUGGGAAGGCUUUUCGAAGGAGCACAGGACUUACUGAACAUCAGAGAAUUCAUACUGGAGAGAAACCUUUUGAAUGUAAUGCAUGCAGAAAGGCCUUUAGAAGGAGCACGGGUCUUGCUGUUCAUCAAAGAAUUCAUACUGGAACAAAACCUUAUAAAUGUAAUGAAUGUGGAAAGGCUUUCAACCAGAUUCCUGAUCUUAUUCGACAUCAGAGAAUUCAUACUAGAGAGAAACCUUUUGAAUGUAGUGAAUGUGGGAAGGCUUUCCAUGGGAGUUCACAACUUACUAGACAUCAGAGAGUUCAUGCUGGAGAGAAACUUUAUAAAUACAAUGAAUAUGGAAAGGCUUUUCAUGAGAAUGAACAACUUGCUAUACAUAAGAAAACUCGUAAUGGAAAAAAAACUCUCAAAUGCUACAAAUGUGGAAAGGCCUUUAGCCAAAAUGCUGAACUUUGUCUGCAUCAUAGAAUUCCUAAUGGAGAGAAACUUUAUGAAUGCAAUGAAUGUGGGAAGGCUUUUAGUAGGUUCGAAGAACUUACUUAG